CGCGCGGUAGUCUUCGCCACCGGGCAGGUUCGUCGUAUCCAGUUAUAACUUUUUAAAGAGUGCGUCUGUCGCUGUCGGUUGCGAACAUUUCUGCUUUAGUUGCUUCACGUGUUUUUGUAGCGCCAACACGGCUGUACUUUUACCGAGAGGCUUGCAGAGCCGUGUGUAUUGCGUGUAGGUAGCGGAAGUGAAGUGUGGCAGCUAGCAGGUGGACUCGUGGGAUAAACAUGUUGACCACCCUUCAUGUGACGUCGUGGUUUUGUUGCCUGUUGUGCCAGGAAGGCGAGCGACUGUGUGGAAAGCAGGCGGCUUCAAUACAGCAUCUGUGUCUAUGUACAGUUUUACAGUUUGUAGCGAUGGCUUGUGAAUUUCAGAUCAAACCCCUGUGGACGUUACCACAGCUGGUGGCAGCUGAGCUCUAACAGCAGCAUUUAUGUUUACUGGACUAGUUAUUGCAUUUGCUUUUUCGCCGUUUGAAAUGCUCAGGAAGAAAGAAGGGGGUGAUGUAAAACUCCCCCUGCAGGUUGCUGCUGCUGAAAGUGCUCAUAUGGACCGGGCAGUUUACUAAGUACACUUGUUUAGCUGCUCCUUAACCCAAAAUAUCUAAGCCAAUCCAAUAUGGCAGCCACUCAGUGCAUUUAAGCGUGUAAGCAUGGUCAGGAGAGCCUGCUGAGCAUCAGAAUGGGGGAAGAAAAGUGAUUUAUGUGACUUUGAAGUUGACAUAAUUGUUAUUGGUGUGAGCAUUUCAGAAACUGGUUUCUUGGUACACUUUUUAUUACUCGGCUGGUCUACCUGUGGAAUCUUCCUGACCGUGACUGUGGGAUAACACACCACAUCUCAAAGCUCAAAUCAUCUCAAGCUGGUUUCCUAAACAUCAAUAAUGAAUUCUUUGUACCCAAAUACCCCCCACAGUCAACUCAGUGCUUGCAAGGUGUGUUUAAUAAAGUGCCAGUGAGUAGAGUUUUGUCUCUACAUGCAAUUUAGAUGAAAGUCAGACCACAUUUCAAUAAGUCCUGCUAUAUUGAGAGCUCCAAAGAUUUCAUGAGGUGGCCUUUGGUGUUCGCAUUGCAUUUUGUAAGUGAAAUUACUUAUUGGUAAUAUAGGAUGAAUGAAUAGGUUCUAUAGUUUUUUUUAAUAUCCAUAAGUGAGCAGUUUAAUUAGUAUUAAUAGCAGUUUUUAUCUGGAGUUUCUUCUUAAGGCUUGACUGUGACAGAUCUCACCACAAUGACAGAAAGCGAACACAGGAUAUCUCUUCAGUGCUUUUUCCAGUCCUCAUCAAUACUGCUCAGUUGUCAGACAAAUCUUUUAUUGUGCUGAUCGUCAGUGGACUCUAAUGUGGUUUAACUUGGCACCUGGAAAAAGCACUUGAUGUCCACAGAAUUUCACCAGUGCCUGGAGGGUUUUUGAAUAUAAGAUAUGGGAUAGUCACUUGAUCGUAUGUGCACGGUAGAACAGAAGAUGCAGUCUUUCCCUGUUUUUCCCCUUUGCUAUUUAUAAAGAGUUUCACGGAUAGACGAGUCAAUUUGAAGCAUGGCUGUGGAAAGGAAGAUUGUCUGUGCUGAUUUAAAGGGAAAAGAAAAUGAAAGUAGCUUUUGACUGACGAGGAACAAAGUGCCACAUGUAGGUCAGAGCUACAGAAGAACCCUAAAGAAGCAAAACAAAAAAAAUUUAAAAAUCUGCUGAUCUGUGAGGCAGGAUUACAAUAUAAACAAAAUACUACAAAGAAAUAGUACCAACAGUUUUGAUGACUGCAGUACUUCUAAAAAAAGUAAAACAAAAAAAUCAGCUGCCGCUGAAGCAGCCUGCCUUCAUGAGGGUGGCCUUUGCUGUUUGCUUUGCAUUGUGCAAACAUUCAAGCUGUAGCGAUUCCAGAUAUUGCACUCAGUAAUAAAAUCAGCCUCUUUCUGCCGGUGUUCAGUUCACUGUGAAUAAUUUUUACUCUCCGUCAUAGUCACGUUUUGCAGUGAGAAAACAAAGUUCAAUAGAUACCUUUAAGAGAUUUUCUUGUGCCUGAUAGUGGUGUUUUGGAUAUUAAUGAGUGCGGAUUGUUUGCCUGUUCUCACACUGUUCCCCUCUGAUUACAGUUUGUGACCCUGUGUUCAUUCAGCAGAGCAUGGGAUCCCAUUUGUUCCCAUUAAAUGUGUUACUUGUGUCUAAGUCAUGGUGAUUUGGACUUACAAUAUCUAUGCUGUUUUUAGCACAUUGUUAAAAAUAGAAAUAGAACUGUUUAAAACCAACUCUGCUGUAGAUUGAUUUAUUAAUUAAACAGUCUUAGUUUUUCUUGGCUCCUAGUUUUUGUUGCAGCUGCACUACUGCAACAAAAGCAACAUCAGUGCACAGAAACAGGAAAAGCAUGAAUAACUCCUCUAGUUUAUUGAUUUUUCAUUCAAGCAUUUCUGUCUUGCUCAAUAAAUGUUUGCAGGUCCUUGAAAAAUCAUCAGUAAGUUAUUUGGAUUUCCCCAAAACACCAAGAACAGCUCAGCUCUUGUACUGGAAGCUCAACGCCCCGAGCAAAGUGCAAAAGCUACGCCCCUUAUCCACCAGUAUCCAGUAAUCAUUACACUCAUGACAGUAUCUUUGCCUCUCAAGGGACUUCGGAAAAGCUCAGGACAGAGAUUUUGCUAAGUAUGUUUUUUAGCUCUAUUGUAUUAACUGAUAUGCUUUAAAUAUUGUUUUGCACACGAUGUUUUGGAUAGUCGUAAUGAGCAAAGACAGGGAUUGAAUAUAUUACAUCACGAGUGGAAUUGCGUUAAUGUCUCUGUUAAUAUUUCAUUUGACUUUGUAACCAGAGGAAUUUCGGUGAUUAGUUUUCUUUUAUGAAGCGCUCAAGGCUGAAAGUUGAUGAACAGAAAAUCAAUAUUCAAAUAUUCUGGUUAACUGUUUGUUUAUGCAUCAGGGUAGUAAAACUGACCAUUUUGGGGGCUUUUCUUGUCGGACGGCACUCUGUAUGUCACAAAUACACCCACUGGCUGCUUUAUUGGUUACACCUUGGUAGCACUGGGUCAGAUCCUCCUUUGCCUUUAGAGCUGCCUUAAUUCUUCAUAGCGUAUCUAUGGUGCUGUAAAGGUGCUCUGUGAUUUUUAUUGCUCCAUAUUUGUUGGCUGCACAUCAAUGAUGUGAAUUACCACAUCCCAAAGGUGCUCUGCUGGAUGAAGAUCUGGUCACUAUGGAGUCCAUUUGCAUACAGUGAAUUAAUUGUCAAUGUUCAAGAAACCAGUUGGGUAUGAUUUGAGCUCUUUGACAUAGCACAUUAACCUGUUGGAAAUAGCCAUGAGAAGAUGGGUACAAUGAGCUUGUAAAAGGAUGGACAUGGUUAGCAACAAUAUUCAGGGGUUUGGACCAUUAGGACCGGAGAAUGUUUUUGACUGUGUUCUUCCUCCUGGUCGCGUUGUGCACCCAGGGAGGAAAUGGUAAGGAGAGUGAGGAGGCACAGAGACCUGGCCAUGUUUCAGUGGUCAUAGUGGGAGGCACGGGUGACCUGGCGAAGAAGUACCUAUGGCAGGGAUUCUUCCAGCUGUAUAUCAACCAAGUCAGUAGUGGAAACACCUUUUCUUUCUAUGGCGGGGGACAGUCCCCCACUGAAAAGGCCACACCGGUGCUCUUUGAGAUUCUGAAGGCAGUCUCCUGCUCAAAUGAUGUUUCUCAGGAGCGCUGCGCUCUGCUGAAAGACCAGUUUCUGCGGCUCGCACAGUAUCGCCAACUAAAGUCAUUAGAGGACUAUCAGGAUCUGGCCAAGCACAUUGAGCAACAGCUUCAAGAAGAGGGAAUGACGGAGGCAGGCAGGCUCUUUUACCUCUCAGUACCAGCUUUUGCAUAUGCAGAUAUUGCUGAGAAGAUUAAUAGUAGUUGCAGGCCAAAAAGUGGGGCUUGGCUGAGGGUGGUGCUUGAAAAACCUUUUGGACAUGACUACAGGAGUGCUCAGGUACUGGCAUCUCAACUUUGCAGCUCACUGACGGAAGAAGAAAUGUACAGAAUUGACCACUACUUGGGGAAACAGGUGGUUUCAAAGAUACUUCCUUUUAGAAUACAAAACAAAAAAUUACUUGAUCUGAUCUGGAACAAGCACCACAUCGAGAGAGUGGAGAUUGUACUGAAAGAGACUCUGGAUGUUAAAGGUCGCAUUGCAUUCUAUGACCAGUAUGGGGUCAUCAGGGAUGUGCUACAGAACCACCUGACUGAGGUCAUGACACUGUUGACCAUGAGGCUUCCCAAGAACGUGAGCAGAAGUGAGGAAGUCCUUGGAAACAAGCUGCAGAUCCUUAGUUCCAUGCUGCCUUUAGGAAAGAAUCAAGCUGUGAUCGGUCAGUACCAAACUUACAAAGCAGAAGUUCAGCAGGAGCUGAAUAAGACCAAAGAUCACGUCAGUCACACUCCAACAUUUGCAGCUGUACUCGCACAGAUUGAUGACGCGCAAUAUGAAGGCAUGCCAAUCCUUUUGAUCUCAGGGAAGAUGCUAGAUGAGCGGGUGGGAUACGCACGUAUUCUUUUUAAAAAUGACAUCUUUUGUGUUCAAAACCACAAUAACGUUCACUGCAAGCCCAAGCAGAUAGUUUUCUACUUUGGACAUGGCAGCCUUCAAUAUCCAGCAAUUCUUGUUAGUAAGAAUUUGUUCAAGCCAGCUCUAGUAGACAGUGAGUGGAAGGAAGUGACGGAGCACAAAGACAUCAGCGUUUUUGGAUUGCCUAUUUCGGACUUCUACAUCCAGACUCCAAUGGAGCAGAAGGAAGCUUAUGCAGAACUUAUUUCUCACAUCUUUUUUGGACGGAAGAACAGUUUCAUUAGUACAGAGAACCUGUUGGCUUCCUGGGACUUAUGGACACCGCUGCUCAGCAGUUUAGCCAGCACAUUUCCACGCAUCUACCCUGGUGGUGCUGAUAAUGCAGACGUGCUGGACAUCCAUCUGAAAGGGAAAGACAUUAGCUACAACAAUGAGGUGGUGAUAAUCAGUACUGAUCAGUUGGGUGGCACAUCCACAAAUGGUUUCCAAGUGAUGCAAGGUAAAUUUCGCAGUUCUGAAAUGGUGUCUGCAUGGGCCGAGCAGCUUGUUGACAAGCUCGCUGCAGAUAUUCAGGAAGCAGCAGAGGCAGCUAUUUAUGAGGGUGGUGUUUUCCAUCUCGCCCUCUCCGGUGGAUCUACUCCCCUUGCUCUGUUUCACAGGUUGGUCGAUCACCAUUUCACCUUCCCCUGGAGGAACACACAUGUCUGGAUGGUGGACGAGCGCUGCGUGCUGCCGACAGAACUGGAGUCCAACUUCCGCAGCUUGCAUGACCAUCUACUGCAACAUGUGAGAAUCCCGUAUUACAACAUCCACCCCAUGCCAGUGCAUCUCAACCAGCGCCUAUGUGUGGAGGAAGAUGGAGGAGCGCAAAUGUACGAGAAGCAACUCAUUAAAUUGGUUAACAGCUCCAGCUUCCACUUUGUACUGUUGGGUGUCGGCUAUGAUGGCCACACAGCCUCUUUGUUCCCCGGUGGCAAAGUGGAUGAACUUGGCGAUAGUCUAGUGGCCCUCACUGAGAGCCCCUCCAAGCCACACCAGCGUAUGAGCCUCACCUUUAAUGUCAUUAAUCGAGCGCGCAAAGUUGCCCUUUUGGUGAUGGGCAAAGGGAAACACGAGCUGAUCACCCAGCUGAGCCGCGUGAAGGACAAUCCAGACAAAUGGCCUGUCACUGGUGUGAAGCCUACAAAUGGUAACCUUGUUUGGUACAUAGACUAUGAUGCACUUUUAGGAUAAGAGUGUAAUCUCUACCUUGCAAUCAGACAAAUGUCUUUGGAGCUGCUUUAAUUGGACUGUUGGUUGGUGAGAAAGAAUAUAUGAACCAGCACAUAGGACCAUAUAGGAAAGGUUAUUAACUCAAAGCACAUGUACUGAGCAUAACUGCUAAACUCUUUCAGGCUUCUAAUUUAUUUCCCUCCAGUGCACCGUUUGAGAUCAUAACAGUGUAUGCAUAGACCAAAUGACUUGAUCAAAAUAGGAAAUCAGUAGAACAUUGUUGAAAACAGCCCUUUGUUGGUGUCCAUGUGGUUGUGAAGCAGCGAAGAAGUUUGUGGUUUCUUACAUUUAAAGAACUGCUCUUCAGUAAGGCUUAACUAAUGGAACAGGAGUUUUCCACAAGGUGAAUGUAAGGUGUAAGUGUUUUAUAAUGUGACGAUAACCCUGAAUUUAGAGUUAAGCCUAGUUUAUUGCACUGCAAUAAAUCUGCAUCGCAACCAUAGUGAGUGGACAUAGUUUGCAUUGUACGCUGGUGCAUUGAACUGCCAUUACAAGUGAAACUGAGCCGUUUAUGUUGGACUUGGAGCUAAUAAAUCUUGAUCAAUAGUUAGUUUUACAGCACCGCAGGAAGUAGAUAAGAGUUCAGAAACGACCCGGUCUAUACAGGUGCACCCAAAAAAUAUUUAUGCCCAAAAUGCUAACUUUAGGUAAUUUGAUUACAUGUAUAUUUUCCAAGCAUUUGUGUUACAUAAUUACAAUGUAAGAAAUUACAUUUAAUGCAAUCUGGUCAAAUGAAAGGUACUUGAUUGGUACACAUUUAGUUUAUACCAAGCAUUAACCUAUCACCUGGCAUAUUUUCUUUAAUGAUGAAUUAUUUGAAUAAAUAAACCUUUGCUUUUAUAUGUUUUAGUUUCAUUUUACUCAAAAUUAUUUGAGUUUAUGAAGGCAAAGAAUCUCUUUUUUAAAUGUUAUGUUGGAGCUUGGAAAACAAGAAUAACAGCAUGUGUGUGUUUCAUUAGCACAAUAAGCAAGCUAUACAAUUACGGCCCAUUAGAUUUUGUUAAAUAGAGGAAUUAUACUGGUGCUAAUCAAUAAUCUGUGUUUACAGAGGAUAUUACCAAACAUACCUGUCACACCGGUUGACGGUGCAUGUCAGGCCAAAGCAUAGGUUAUGGAAUAGAUUUAACACGAUACUAUAAACCAGGAAUGAGUUAGAAGGGAUGCUGAGUACAUGUAAUUUGUCAUUAAUGAAAUCAAGUUUAGACCUCAUAUGAAUAUUUUUUUACGUGUGUGUGUGAAAUGCAUAUGAAGAUUUUUGAUCCUUGAAGUCUAAGUGUGAAGUGAGUGGGAAUCUAAAGGAAUAUAUGAAGUUUCCUUUGCAAACCACAGAGCACAGAUGACUAUUGUGUUGCUGGAAGACGGUUAAAACACACACAGGUGAAUUUGGGUUUUUGUAUGUGUGAAUUACAACAGAUCUCAGGUGAAUUCAAAGAUAUGAAGUUUACUGUGUAAUCUGCUUUUAUUGGUUGAAUGUUUUAUUCUGUGGAGUGGUACUGACAUUUCUAACAAAAUUCUUCAGGUUAUGUAAAAUAUGUGUUUUACUAAAGAGCUAAUCACAUUCCCAUACUCAGAUCACAUUUUUCUUCUAUUAAUGUGACCUGGAGGUGCUUUUAUGAGUCAAAAUGAUUCGAAACAAGAUUAACACUACAUCAUAUUUUUGGUUCCUUUAUUGAAGACCAUCUUUAAAUAAAAUCUCAGUUCCACUAAU